AUGCCGCACAUGAAGGAAUUUGCAAAAUAUCGUGAGCAUAAUAUGUUUAUCGAUGCAAUCUUGAAGCUUGAUCACGGUCAAAUUUUACCAAUUCAUCGGGUUGUUUUGUCUCAGAAAAGCGAAUUCUUUCAAGCACUCUUCAUAAAUGCUCUGAGAUUUCAGGAAAAGAGCAGUAAAACACAAGAAUAUGAAAUUCAUGGAAUUCGAUAUGAGAUUUUGAAGAAAGUUCUCAAAUACAUAUACGAAGAUGAUCUAAGUUUGGACAGCGAAGACAUUUUUGAGCUACUCAGCGUUGCUGAUUAUCUUUUGGUCGACGGUCUGGUGGACAAAUGUAAAAGUUUUCUCAAAAAUUCACUGAAUACUCACAAUUGUGUGAAAGUUCUGCUCUUCAGUGAAAGCAGAUUUCAGAAAGAUCUUGAAGAAGCGGCUUUUCAAUUUAUUAUCGUGGACUUCGUCAAAGUGAUGAAUGAAAAUCAGGAUUUGUAUGAUCUUGAUUUUGGAUAUAUUUCAAAAAUUUUGGCCAGUGAUUGGCUAAAUGUGAAGAAUGAAAUUGUCGUGUGGAAUGCCUGCGUGAAGUGGAUUGAAAAAUCAAAGGAGGAGAGAGAAGGGAUGGUUUAUCAACUCCUGCAAUAUGUACGCAUGGGUUUGAUGAAUAUUGAAGAAAUUCAACGUAAUAUGGAACAGAAUUCUUUGAUUGUGAAGUGUGAAGAGGCAAAUUUGCUGCUCAAGAGGGUCUAUGAGUUCCUCACCACUGCGAAAUUGUCCCAGGAAAUCCUUCAGUGCAAAUUGGCACAGCCGAGAUUGCCUCACGAGGUGAUUUUCACUGUGGGCGGAUGGAGUGAGGGCUCGGCCAAGAUGGAAAUUGAGACGUACGACACAAGGGCCGACCGCUGGGUGCGCAUCAGCAAUGACGAUCCAUUUGGACCACGUGCGUACCAUGGAAGCGUGGCGAUUGAGGGGCGAAUUUACUGUGUGGGGGGCUUCAAUGGGCGUGAAUACUUUAGCAAUUGUCGCAUAUUUGACACUGUGACGAAAUGCUGGCUCCCGAUGGCGCCAAUGCAUAUGCGUCGCUGCUACGUGAGUGUGGCGCUCCUGGAUGGCAUGAUAUACGCCAUGGGUGGCUAUGACGGUCACGGGAGGCAGCGGAGUUGCGAGAAAUAUGAUCUCAGGACAAAUCAAUGGACAGUAAUUGCCCCAAUGAAUGCUCAGCGAUCCGACGCGUGUGCCUGUGUGCUGGAUGGCAGCAUAUACAUCCUGGGAGGAUUCAAUGGGCAGGAGUGCUUGAACACAGCUGAGGUGUAUGAUGCUGAGCGAGACACGUGGUCGAUGAUUCCUCACAUGAAUCAGCGCCGAUCUGGUCUCAAAUGCAUUGCUCAUCGGGGCAGAAUUUACGCAAUCGGUGGCUUCAAUGGUCUCGUGCGCUUGAGACACUGUGAACAGUAUAAUCCGGCCACGGAGGAGUGGGACGCCAUCACGGACAUGAUCAGUCCUCGGAGUAACUUUGCGAUUGAAGUCAUAGAUGACAUGAUUUUCGCCAUGGCGGGAUUUAAUGGGACAUUCACCAUUUCCGAUGUGGAGUGUUAUGCGCCGGAGUGCAAUGAAUGGAUGAUGGUCACAAGUAUGAAUAUCGUUCGGUCGGCACUCACGGCCAAUAUAAUCAGAUACACGCCGAACAUUGAGGAAUAUUUGUAUCCGUGUCGUGCGGAAUUGGUCGAGGAACAUCGACAGGCCAUUCUAUCGUCUGAUACUGAAACAGAAUAA